UUUCAGCGAAAACAGUUGCAACGCAAGCAACUUGUAAAGUUUUCGACAUUUUUUUAAUGCUAGGAUGCAACCAACUCAAAUUUUUGUGCUAGACAAUGCAAAUUUUUGGUUUUCAAUCGUGACAAUAAGUUCUCAUUUAACAAAGCGACCAGUUGACACCUAACAAAAUAUAAUUUUUAAUUAAAUAUAAAAGUUGGGAACAACAAUCAUCUUAUUGUUUUGAAUCUGUGUUCCCAAUCUACUAUUGGAAAUAUUUCGGAAUAAAAUAAUUUUAAGUUAAAAGCUUAAGUACUUAAACCCGACAAAAUGAGUAAUGUUCGGAGAUUUCUUAGUAAACUCUAUAUGAUGGACCUACCCAUUCAUGCACGAUGGAUGAAUUAACUAAGGAGCAAACUGCUUUAUUACGCAAUGCAUUUAAUGCUUUUGAUCCUAAAAAAAAUGGCUACAUUAAUACUGCCAUGGCUGGUACGAUACUUAGUAUGUUGGGUCAUCAACUUGACGAUGCUACUCUAGCUGACAUUAUUGCUGAAGUCGAUGUUGAUGGUUCGGGUCAAAUUGAAUUUGAAGAAUUUACCACCUUGGCUGCUCGGUUUCUUGUUGAAGAGGACGUCGAAGCUAUGAUUGCUGAAUUAAAAGAAGCUUUUCGCCUUUACGACAAAGAAGGAAAUGGGUAUAUAACUACUGGUGUUCUGCGAGAAAUUCUGCGAGAACUAGAUGAUAAACUGACUAAUGACGAUCUAGACAUGAUGAUUGAGGAAAUUGAUUCAGAUGGAUCAGGAACCGUUGAUUUCGAUGAAUUCAUGGAAGUGAUGACUGGUGGCGAUGAUUGAUCCCAUUCUUGAUGAAAACUUCGUUCAAAGUUUCUAAUAAAAUCGGUAUUCACUUAUUGAAAAAAAAAUUAAAUUAAAAUCUUAUAAGUUUUUAUAAUUCAAUCUAAAUUAAAUUUAAAAAAAAAUUAUUAUUUUAUUGCAAAUUGGUCCUAUAAUUGCGUUUUGAAAUGAAAUAAAAACAAUUUACAAAGAUUCACUUACAGGAAGUUGUGACAUGUAGAUGCCUUAGUUGCGAAUCACAAUUUAUUAAUGAAAAUAAAUUAAAAGUUUUGAUAUCAACUUUUAUGACGAAAAUGUAUUAUACGAUCUACAAAGUAAAUAUACAUUUUCUUAAUAUUUUUUUACAUUCGGCCAAGCCAACAUGUAAAUCAACACAACAGUUGAAAGUUGAUCAGAACUUUUAUUUGCUUUAGAUGCAAUUUUUACCUUAUUAGGAGGUGUCUUUGUUUGAUAUUUUUUAAAUCAUUCAAAUAAAUAAUUUACUAUAACAAAA